AGUUGCAGGCAGCACAAAAGAAAAAAAACCAUUGCUUCAGAGAUAGACAAUGUUAUUGAAGCCCACGACGAUGGGGCCGCUUAAACUCCAAAGUGUAUUUGGCAAGAAAGAUGGCACCAGUAAUAGUAAGGAUGAGAAGGAUACGGCAUCGGUCAAGAAAGCAGCACUGGCAUCUCCCAAGAAACCUGGAUCCAUGAGAGACUUGAAUGUCGGGAGUAGUAGUCGUCAUGCAGCUCCCAAGACGACAGGUAGCUUGGGAGGACGAAAGGCGACUCGAGGCGUCGGCAUGCGACAGUCCUUUGGCACCCAACAGUCGGCCCGUAAUAUGCCUACGAGUAGUCAAUCAGGAGCUGCCGCUGCGAAACGGCGUGGUACCAUUGCGGUUGCUCCCACCAUUAGCGUGACUACUCCUAAUAAUAAGAAGGAAAAGAACAACAAUUCACAGCCAGCAGCAGCAGCCAGUGGUGGUGGUCACUGGGGAGACUUGGACUCUUCUUCCGACGAGGAAGAAGAAGACGACAAGCCAAAACCAGUCAAGAAAAGUUUGGAACAAACCACUUUUGAUUUGAUUGCACAGACAGCCGCCCCAAAGAGUCCCGUCGCAUCCCACAAACCGGCGGUAGUAGCAGCCGCUGCCGCUGGAAUUGGUGCCGUGGCGGGUGGUGGCGCCGCGGUAGCCAAAACGGGCAUGGGCGUGGCAGCCGCUGGAAUUGGUGCUGGCCUCAAAGUGGGUGAAUUGGGGGUUGGAAUCACCCGGGGAAUCACCAAGGCGGGAAUGGGCGCUGGAAUUGGCAUCACGAAAGCUGGAAUUGGAACCAUUAAAGAUUUUGGAGCCGCCAGUAUGAGUACUCUAGGUCUGCGAGGGACUUUUCGUAGCAGUCGAAAUGCCAAGUCCUCCAAUGAUGCUCCUGAUGUCAGUAAAAUUUUAAGUCAUCCCGGAGUAUUGGAAGCCAAUGCAGAACCAGAACCACCCACCAAAGAGGAGGAGGAUGGUGAUGAUACUACCGCUAGCAAGAAAGAAAAGAAAAAGGACAAGACAAAAAACGAGACGGAAACACCUGCAGAAGAAGAAGAAGUAGAACAGGAAGAUCAGGAAGAGGAUUCAGCAGCAGACGACCAAAAAGAAGAGGAAGAAGAACCCAAGGAACUCUCAACGUCGGAACGAUUGGCACAACGAUUGGCCCGACAACACAGUAGUAGUCAUGACAAUCAUCAUCCACAGGCUCCUGCUUCAAUGCCCGAUGAAGAAGACUUGGGAUACGGAGCCGCCAUGCCCACGGGGUCCAACCACAGCCUCCAUCAACAGGACCUCCAUCGGGACGGUGGAUACGAUCAACAAUCAUACGAUGAUGACGAAAAUGACGACGACGAUGGCGACGAUUUUGGUGGAGACAAUAAUGGCGAAGAAUACGUGCGAAGAAUUGCGCCUCGUCGGUACUCCAGUGGAGGGAAAUUGGACAACAAAUUAGAAAGAGGACAAAGUAAAUCGGCAACUGCCGCCCCCUUGUCCAGUCAGUCCUUGGGCGGCUCCCUCGAAAGUGGCCUCGGAAAUGCCAGUCUCUCCCGCGUACCACGGCGUCGACCAGGACGAGGUGGAGGACCCGGGCGUGGUGGAGGACCCGGACGUGGCGGACGACGCAGUAUGAUGCAACGAAGUUCCAGUGUCACCAACAUUCGCGUACAGCAGCAAAUACAACUGACCAACUCGUUACAUGCUUCCAUGGCCCAUCAUGACGAACACGAUGACCAUCAUGAUUUGGGAUACAACGAACCCAUGGGCGGUGGUGGUGGCAUGCCCAGUCCCGAAGAAUUAUACGGUCGAGGCAUGCCCAGUCCCGAAGAAUUAUAUGGAGACAUGGGCGGUGCGGGACGUCGCAUGAGUGGUGCGCACAAACAACGGCGCAGUAUGGGAUACGGACAAACCGAAGACGACGACGAUUCCGAUCAUCGUGGCCCGUCGGUACGAAAGGGCAGUAUGGGGUUCGGCGGACGGAGACCGUCCAAUGGUGGUGCAGGACGGAGACUUUCGAAUGGAAGACGCAUGAGUGGCGAUCAUCGGCCGAAGAGAAUGGGCAGUAUAGGACACGGCGGGUCCGCCGACAACAACAACAACAGACGGACCAGCAUGGGACAAAACUCGGAACGGAGUGAGGGAGGCAGAAGAGGUGGUGUGGGACGUAGCGUCAGCCGGGAACGAGGAGGCGAUGGAAGUAGGCGAGGAGGCGAUGGAAGUAGACGAGGAGGCGAUGGAAGCAGGCGAGGCUCGGUCGGUCGCAGCGUGAGUCGAGACCGAGGUGGUGAUGGCAGCAGACGAGGCUCGGUCGGACGCAGUGUCAGUCGAGAACCUGCUGGAGAGAUGAACGGCAGUAGGAGACGACGUGCGAGUGUUGAACGAGUGGAAAAUUCGCAGCAUCAACAACAACAACUCACGCCAGACCAACAUCGACGCCGUAGGGGAAGCGUCGAUCCCAAGGAGGAUUCCCCUCCCGAUAAUAGCAAGAGACGCCGUAGUGUGUCGAGACGCGGAAAAUCCCGUGACGUAAAAGAUUCCAGUCACAAGCGAUCCAGUCUCUUGGGCAAUGAUUCCGAAUCUGAUCUCAAUUCCAGUUCUCGAGGCAAGAGCAGUGCCCUUGAUAGCUCACAACAUCGCAACAACCAUAACAGACGAAGAGCCAGUGUCGAACAAAAAGAUUCGGAUACCGCAGUUGACGGAGAUGCCAAAAAAACAAAGGCAAGUAACGACAACCAACACGAGGAUACCGACAAGGAUGCAAAGAAAAAGGUGCGACGAGCCAAGAGUGACGGUGUUGUAGAUGGUACUGGCACCAGCAGCAAUAAGCUGGACAGGAAAAUUGGAAGUGAAAAGGGUGCCAAGCAACAAAAAUCCUUUAAUGAUUCUAUCAAAAGCGGGAACAGCCAUGGAAGCACCGGUAGUGGUAGCACAGGAAGUAACAAGAGCGGAGGAGGGGGGCGCGCAGCAAAGUUGGAUCGAAUGCUCAACAAAAAAAGCAAGACGAAAAAGAAAUCACUCCAUGACUCUUUAAAAAGUGGAACCAGCCUCGAAAGCACUGAAAGCGCUCUUAGCACGAUGAGCGGCCCCGCGGCAGCUGGAAAGAGUCCAGGUCGAAGGGGCAAAAAGAAAAAGUCAAUGGGCUAUGGGGAACUGGUCAGUAAAUACACCAUGAGCCCGCGACGUGACGAUGACACCGAUUCCGACGAGGACAGCGACCUCGAGAGAAGCGUCAGGAGCUGCACUGCUCUGGGAAGAGCCCAUGAGCUUUCCUCAAAAGCAAAAGAUCUUGCCUUCAUUCAUAGUGCAAGCAGCAGCAUGCUAGAUACUUCACACAUGCUCCCCUUGAGUGGUGACAUUGCGAUGGAUGGCUUGGUCGCCAAGGCCAGAAAAGGCCGGAGCUCUGUAAAGAAUCAGGGUCUCGCUGGUUUCAUGCCAAAAAGCUUGGGUAUGAACGACGACCCGGAUGACGAGGGAAAUCCCUUGAGAAAUUGUCGAAGCAAACCAGUGCGGUCAAUCAGUCUAAAUGAACCUCGGAAGAAGAAAGGCAACAAAGUUGUGAGAACAUUCAGCAUGAGAAACGCUGUUGGUGGUGGGUUGUUACACAGCGACCAUUCCAAGAGGGAUGAUAGCGAUUUCGAGGACGAAUCUGUCACGGAUCACAUUAUCAGUUACAGCAGUGACGAGAACUCUGAUAGUGACCCCUUAGACAACAGCCAACGUAGUGACAGUGGCCAUGGCUUCAGUGGCGAGGAAGAUUCUGACAAAAAGAAGGGAAAAUCAAACAAGCACGCCAAGUUCGUUGCAAGCCAGAAGCCCAAAGGAGAUGCUCUCCGUCCGCGUGAAGUGGCGGCUGUUCUUGCUCGGAAUGCGACGCCUGAGAAUCAAUCCAAGUCGGGAUCUUUUGGAAACCUCGUUUCGGCUACAAGAUCUAGCAAUGGUGGUCUUGAUGAUUUUGACAAUCCAAUGAUGGACAAUUCGGGUGAUUCAGUAGACCUAUGGGACGAGUUCGAGAAUGGAUCUAUAAUGGAUUCCGACUCGAAUUCUUCGGGAGGGACAGAGGCAUCCGUAGACAUGGUAAUGUCGAGCAGUUGCAGAAUAGUGAACUGGGACGAUCCGGACAAGGAUGAAGUAAGGACUGACUAUUUGGACCCAUCAAUGUCACCCCGGGUAUCUUCCCAAAAGAAGCACAAAGUGAAAGACCUGUUUGAGAUCGAACAUAUGCCUUUGCCAGGAGGGAAGAACGCUGCUAAGAACGCGCGCUCAAAGCGGGCCUCGCUACUCAGUUUUGGCGCUUUUUCCAUGGACGACAGCUUGCAGGAUGACAGUGUUAAAGGGGGUUCCGUUGAGGGGUCCGACUCUCCCAAGCCAAAGAAAACUCAUAAGAAGCCAAGAUCGAAGAGAGAUCUUGUCAAAAAGAACGGCGGUUUCGACUGGGAAGGAAAAGCAAAGGAAGAAAAAAAACGCGACAAGAAGAAGAAGGAUGACCUAUCUUCCAGUCAGCACUCCAACAAGAAGGAUGGAUCCAAGAAGGCCAAGCUAGUGCGCAACAUAAGCGAUGACACUGACGACAAAAGUCCAAAGGACGAAAAGAACCCAGGCAACAACACAAAGGUCAGUCGAGCGGCCUCUCUCAAAGGAUUUGGGAAGAGCGCUGGCAUGGAUGCCAGCGGUCAUAAGAAGUUGCCUCCCCUCAAAAAGGACAAGCUUCGAAGAUGCGCAAGUGCGGACAUGGACACAGACACGGAUGCUGAUACCAUCACUGAAAUGGUCCCAUUCAAAGAGCAAAAGCGGGCAAGUAGUGGAAGUAACCUUUUGACACCAAAAUCCGAAAAGAAAAGACGAGCAACCAUAGCCUCUGGAAUCCUUGCAAAAGGAAGUGGCUCUUCCAAAUCUACUAGGCACAGAUCAAAGUCUCCGACCUCAAAGGGCACGGACGAAUCAAAGGCCACAUCCAAGUCUCGUCGCACUGCACGACUAUCCGUUGAUGCCAAGACUCGGUCUGUGAAGCGAUCCAACACAGAAAACCAGGUGACUUCAAAAAGUGGAACUCUUGUCAAGUCUAGCAAAACUGGCAAAGGUGUUCCCCGCCGAACAAAAUCCUUGGGCGUAGCUGGUGCUUACAAAGAGGCCAAGGGCGAGAAGGGGGGGUCCUAUGCCACUGCACCCAAAUCUCGAGCCGCCUCUAUAAAACGAUCCAACUCAGCCAAGAAACUUGGCGAUGAUCCAUCCCGCAGGGACAGAAGUAAACUGAGAAAGAAGAAGUCAGGGGGCGACAAUGAUGCUAGCGACGAAGAACCCACGGAAUUGCAGAAACUUCUAGUCGACAACCCCGAGGGCUUUAUUGGUUUGAUCGAGAGAGACUCAUCGAAGGCAGAAGAGAAGGACAAGGUUGGACGCCUCCCUCUCCACAUAGCUGCACAACGAGCAUUUCCAGCGAAUUUGUUUGACAAACUGAUCGGCACGUUCCCCGAGGCCUGUGACACCCAGUGCGAUAACGGAUACACUCCGUUGCACUUUGCGGUGGAGAAGAAUAUCCCACUACCCCUCAUCAAGAUUCUGAUCAAAGCGUGUCCUCGUGCCCUAAAAAAGCAAGACCGGAAAGGUCAAAUUCCGCUACACAUUGCGGUGAGUCAAGGCGCUAGUCUGGCCAACAUUCGAUUGCUAGUUUUCAUCUACCCCGAGUCGGUUGACAUUGAAACUGCCAAGGGUGAAACCGCUCGCAAAAUCGCCAAGCGCAAGAAAGCUAGCGCUGAGGUGCUGAACGAAUUGAAGAGCAGCAACAAAGCGAGCGGCAAAAAUUGAACCUGAUGUGACAAGUUGUAUCAUAUUAUACAUUUUCUAUACGUAAUUUUAGUUUGCAUUAUAGAUCUAGCUGCUCAAAUCGACGGAAUACAAAUAUGAUGUUUUCGC